GGCGGUUGAAUAUAGCGUCGCGGAUGGGUCGAUAACGCGCAACUCUCUCGCUCAUCGUGGAGUCGCCAAUGCCACGCUGUAGCGCUCCUAAGCCGAGCUUUCCUCUCAUUCCGUCGUAAGCCCGCACUCUGGCACAUCCAUCCGCCGCCGCCACCUGCACCGACCGACCGACCGACCACCAGCCACCGUACCUACCGCCGACCACUACCAUUACCAUCGUCUCCGUCGCUAUCAUCGCCGCCGUCAGCGUCGGGUGCAGUCGACGCCGUCAACGGGAUCGCUGCGAUCGCGAGCAUUUCCCGUCACCCGCUACCGCCGUCAAUCCCACCUCAGGCAUCCUUCCGACCGGAACCUCGGCAAUUGGAAUGCGUGGACACCGGAAGAACUCGCGCGCGACACCGACGCGACCACGCAGCGGGAUCCAGCGACGUGGGAUCGAUCGAAGCGCGUAGAUCAUCGUCGUGUUCUUGGACGCGCGCGCCGUAAUACGACGUGAUUAACAGGUUGUUGUCGCGUAUCGGGGAAUAGGGACCGGUCCGAAUCGCGAUCCCCGGUGGUGUACGAGUGCAUUCGCGUGUGCCGGAUGCGUCGUGUACGCGGCGAUCGAGGCGCGAUCGAGCCGGCGAUCGAACGCGAGAUGGUACCGCGCGACUCGAGGAGGCCUGGCUGCGCUCGGGGAUCCUGGACGAGCGGAACGACGCCUAGUGAAAGUGAUUAUGCCAGUCGCCGUGAACUCGGGCCAGUCGAUCGGUCCGUUUAAGCCACGUGUGCGAUCCGCGUUGUGCCCGCGAUCACGAGGAGUCCGUGACUACGAUGCGAGGUCGUUCGGUCCGCGAGGAAACGACCGUCUUCGGACGCUCGUUCGAAGCUGGUCCUAACCCUUUCGCUGUCCACAACCGAAUAGGACUUUAAGGGAUCAACGCCGUCGGACCAUCCGCGCGUCGUUUGCAGCGAAAGGGUUGAAAUCCCUCGAUAAUCGUCAGACUCGAAUUUUCAAUUUUCACGAUUCUCGCGAGCCGCGGUGUGUCGACGAUAGUGCUGGUUCCAGGGUGAAAGUUCAACGUGAGUGCACCGUCGGGGGUUUCUUCCACGAAGUGUACGACAGAUGUUCUCUCGGAGGUGUCCCGAACCGUCGAACGUCGACGAUAACGAGCCAUCCGCGGUUCGUGGCGCAGUUGGAUCGCCAAACCGCGAAACAUUAGUGACCCACGGGAAAAUGAGGAGAUCCUGUACGUUCUUCGCCUCAAGAGUGACAACGGGCUAGUGGACGCAGGUCCAGGUCGAAUUAGCAGCAUGACAGCCAUCAACUCGGGUCCGGUCGGGGAAGUGGGCGGCGUCAGGCUGCCGCUGCAGUCAUUACAUGGGUACGGAUCUGUGUUCAUGUACUCGGCGUCGACGAGUCCCGGGGGUGGGGGUGGUCAGGGUGGCGGAGGCGGAGGUGAAGUCACCCUCCGCCUCCGCGAACCCGAGGACAUUCCCGAAGAAGUUCUUGCACGCCUCGAGGAUACCGCCACCCUCUCCAUCUCCCUUCAAGGCGAUGCAGUUCUGAGGCUAGGGGCGGCUGGCACAGGCAACGGAACUUUAGAGUUGUUCGAUAGUGAGAGCGGGCCGGACCUCACGCUAUCACCUCAGACCUUCACGUCAACGGCAGAGGCCUUCAUCAAUGACAAUAGUGAUAGUCUUGGUGUUCCAGGAGACAACGAUACGGGUAGCAGCGAGGAGUCGAGACCUGGUGGAGGAGAUCCUGGAAAGUUGGGCGUGAAGAAACCAAGACCGAAGGCUUCGUCGCCCAACAGACAGGGACCACAACAAUGCCAGGUCUGCGGGAAGGUGUUCAACAACGCAUCGGCGCUCACGAAGCACAAGCUGACGCACAGCGACGAGAGGAAAUACGUGUGCACGAUGUGCGGCAAGGCGUUCAAGCGGCAGGACCACUUGAACGGACACAUGCUGACGCAUCGAAACAAGAAGCCGUACGAAUGCAAAGCGGAAGGAUGCGGCAAGUCGUAUUGCGACGCGAGGAGUCUCAGAAGGCACACGGAAAACCAUCAUGCCGGCAGCAAGGUGAACGAAAGCGUUAGUCCUAGCAGUCCCACGACCGGUCCUCAUACUCCGAACACGCCAGGAAGCAAUCCCAGCACUCCCAGCACGCCUGGCGCAACAUCGACGCCGAAUGGCCACGGACAUCCGGCCCUGAAGCAACUGCUCGCCACGGAACCCACGCAGACGCAGCAGCAAAAGAGUGCCACGUCUCCCGGCGCCAGCAACGAUGGCCUCACGAAACAGCAGCUGGAGCUCAUUCAGCAGAUCAUGCAACAAACGCAACAGCAGCAGCAGCAACAACAGCAACAAACAUCCGCGCAACAGCAACAGCAGCAACGUAGUUCGUCGACGACAGUCACAGCUCAGAUUCAAAAAACGCAAAAACCGUCCAUCAAGUCCACAACAUCGUCCAGCAGCGUGUCGAACAAUUCUGGAAGUUCGAAUGCAACCAGCAACGCGAGAUCGAGCCCAAAGCCUAAAGUGUGGAGUCACGUGCAGCAACAACAGCAGCAGGCUCAGCAACAGGUGCAACAGCAGCAGCAACAGCAGCAACCCCAACAGCAGCACCAACAACAACAACCACAAGCUAAUUCGCCAGGAAGCGGAAACGUAGGGAAAAGUAGUCCAUCGCCGGGAAAUUCGGCAUCCCCUGGCACUGUUACAGCAAACAAGUCGCAGACCGAACCAAAACCAGUCGAGUGCAAUUUGUGCCAUCGGAAAUUCAAAAAUAUACCAGCUCUCAAUGGCCACAUGCGACUCCAUGGUGGUUACUUCAAGAAGGAUGCCGAGAAUAAGAAAAGCGAGAAGAAGGAGGUGGUCGGGCCGCCCUUGCAAACCGCGUCUGUCAGCGUCAGAGCACUUAUCGAGGAAAAAAUUAUCCAAAAGAGGACUACUGCAGCAGACACGAGCACGAAUCAACAGCCACGCACAAACGCCACUGUGUUCACCACGCAGGCAGACAGCGGGUCGCAGGUCGUUGGAAAAACGAACUUCGCGGUACCAGCACCGCCGCCAUUGGCCUCCGCGGAGAAGGUCCGCAGACUCUCGGAUGGCGAACAUUUCCGACAACCGAACGUCACCGUUGGGGGUCAUGCAACCGUGCAGAAACAACUGCAGGAAGCACAGACCCAGGCACAGGCGCAGGCGCUGGCCGACAUGAUUUUGAAGGGCACUACUAAAAUGGCUGUGAAGAGGACGACAUCCGAUCCCGGGCAGAGAUUGCACUUGACGUACCAGACGUCGGUUCAAUCGGCGACCAAUCAGCAACAACAGCAGCAAAAUAACCAGCCUCAAUCUCAACCCGCAGUCACAGACAGUUUCUCGAUGACAGGUUACUCCGAGGACGGCGGGUACUUUAGUCCAAGCCUUCAAGACGAAGUGUUCCAGCAGGUCACCGCAGUUCCUGACAGCGUUCUGCUUCACGCUACUCAAUUGGACUCUCUACAGUUUCAGACGGCGAGCUUGCUCCAGGAGCAAACCACCGAACAACUGCAGGACAUCACUCUGGAGGAACGAUACUCGUCUCAGCACACCGUGAACCCAGACCUCCAGGCGUUGGUGAACUCGCCAUUACCCGACUCUUUGGCCGAGUUCAGUACAUACGGCGCACAAUACACGGAAAGUCCGCACACCCUGCCCACCCAGUCCCCGCUGCCAUCGCCUCUGACCAGACACGACAGUCCAAGUUUCACAUAUCCGACGCCACCAGCCAGCCAAGAGGGCCUCCUGACCGGGAGUCUGCCGUUGCUGAGUCCGCAAGAGGACCCGGAGAGCGUGAGGCAGGUCUCGUCGCCGCUCUCCGCAGCUUUCUACACGUCCACCAUGUCCUCCGCGGCAGCGGUGGAGGAGGCUCUCAGCGAAGUGUUGCCAGGGGAAUCCGACGCUGACGCCGACCUCUACGGAUCGGGUUCGCCCAACCCUCACUCGCCACUGCCAAGCCCUUUGUCGGCGACACCGGCACCGUCGCCGUUGUCCUCCCUGCCGCCGUCCUCCGUCUCGUCGCCAGGACCGGUGUCCUUCACGGGCACCAGUUUCCCCGUGUCGCCUCACCACGCUCUGCAGAGCCAGAUGAUGCCAAACUCGGAGGACCCGUUGCUCUCGUCUACGCCGAAGGACUUCACCACGGCCAGCCGCAGACGGUUCGAGUUUCAGUCGUACAAGUUCAUCACCAGCCAGAACCUGGUGGACUUCGGCCUGGGGAACGGCAGCCUGGCCGGGAUCGUCGUCGACAACAAUGGCGAGUUCAAGCUGAUACAGACCGCGGGGCUGCAGAAGACGAACGUCCUCGUUCAGACCGGCUCGCUGAGCCCGGCGUUGACCUUCAAGAAGGAGAUGCGCCUGGCGACGCCCAAGGUGGAGCCCGUCACCGUGAACCUCGGCCUGAACGUGCAGACGAACCACCAGUACAACGCUGGACAGUUCAACCAGCAGCAGGUCGUCAAUCCCGCCAAGUUUCUCAUACAGACCAACACGGCCAAGAACGGUAACAUGAGACAGAAGACGUCCAGCCUGCCGAUCCCGGUGGAGCAGAUCAAGGAGGAACUCCUGGACGAGGACGUGUUCCUCAAUCCCAGCAGCAUACCAACCGGUAGCCCUGUACGACACUGUAGGAAAAGGCCUAGAAUGGACGGCGGCCUCUACGCCAGCGCGUCUCAUUCGUACCCGUCGAGGCUGAGAAAGGCCUGCGAUCGACACUGGGACAGCAGCUACACGCCGCCGCCGAUUUUGGACCCGUCCCGUCCUGGGCCCGGACUGUACGCCAGGUUACAUCAGUACGAGAGAGACUCCGACUUCAGCUCGGACGACUCGCAGGGAAACGACGGACCACCGCCCAGGAUCAACAUCGGGACGAGGUACCAGGCGACGAUACCGCCGGUGGGCAGCGACGGUGACAGAGGAAAGGGAGAACCCGAGGCUGACCACUUGCUCUGGGAUCCUGGUAUAAAUAACGUGCUGACCGACAGCGAACUGGAGAUGUAUUUGCAAUUUGCAUGCUGCGCUGCGGUGCCAGGCGGGGGGAGGAACAAAGAGUACGCGUUGCAUCUGCUGCACAUGUGCAGAGGAAACAUUCAUGAGGCGAUGCUGAAGCUGAUGAGACCAACGCCCAUGCUGCCAAUGGAACAUCCGCUGCUCAGUUACGAGUGCCAGGAAUCGGACAGGUGGACGUCGCAGGAAAUGGACGUGUUCUAUCAAGGUCUUCUCAAGUACAACAAGGACUUCUCCGCGAUCUCGCGCGACGUGAGUGGCAAAACCGCGAAACAGUGCGUGCAAUUCUAUUACCUAUGGAAGAGGCUCUGCCCGGACGAGUACAAGAGACUGCGUGUCCGUCAUGGAAAACCAAAGAUUAAGACAGAAAGCAAAGAUUGCAAGGACACGAGGGAACUUCGAGAUGCUAUCGCAUCCGUGACGGAGAUGGACUUCGGUGAAGACAAAUCGAUCCUCCAUCGUACUCUGUUACAGACGAACGAGAGAGAAAACUCGGCUACUCUGACCACCAGCGACGGGGAGCUGAGAUUAUUCGCAUACGACUGCCCAGAUAGCUUUAGCGGAAGUGUAACAGUAACGAUGGCCGGAAGCACCCAAACCGCCCAAACCGGCAAUACCGGCCACGCCACAGUCAACACCAACUCACAAACUCACACUAGUUCUGAGCAACAACUACCCGUGCCCACCCCACUUCACUACCCCUGCAAGAUUUGCGGGAAAGUUUUCAACAAAGUGAAAAGCAGAAGCGCGCACAUGAAAUCUCACAGGCCAGUGCCCUCGCCCGAUUCAACGGGUCAGGAAUCUAAACGGCCUGCACAGCAGCAGCAAUCCAAAGCUCAACAGUCCCAGCAGCAGUCCAGCCAGCAACAACGUCAGCAACCACAACAACAACAACAGCAACAACAACAACAACAGAAGCAGCAACAACAACAACAGUUGCAGUCGCAACAGUCGAGCAGCGUUUCGCCGCAGGCGACGGACUUCGCCAAUCAGCAGCCACUGCCUCCAAGCAACGGCGACCCAGGCGCUCAGAGCACCGCGCAUUUAUGGCACAACCCGACGCGGCUCAGGCCACCAUAGGACAACGCCCAACCGGUUAAACUUAAGUUACCUUAACGAAGGCUGUAACGGUACGAUAGGAAAAGAAAAUGAAAAAAAAUGAAAAAAGUAUUACGGUCGCGCGAACUAUAUAGGCAGGCACUUAUACAACCGCGAUCGUCGAUGGAUCGUCGAGCACGAUACCACCCCGCGUGGAGGCGUCGUCCGAUGCCUCGAUCAUCGAGGCGGUUGGCGCGGCGAGCGUUCGACGAAAGCGACGCGAACGCUUCCACGAUAGAUAGUUCCAAAACGAGAUAUACCUCUUGUACGCGCUAUGGGCUCGAACAGCGCGACGGAUCGCGAGUUCUACGGCCAGGCCAGCCAUAACUAAGUUAUAAAAAAAAAAAAAAAGAAAAGAUGAUUAAAAGGAAACCGUACGCGACUCUAGGCGCCGAACCGAACGAGGGAAGGCGACCUUAUAUCGUAGGGACAGUGCGCGACGAAACGAGGAUCAAUUACCUCGGCGUGUUCGUCCAGGAUCGAGGAGGACCCGAUUCCGUAGUCGAAGCCCCCGUUCGACGAGGAGACAGGGUACCGGAAGUCCCUAUUCGCGUCCAAC